AUGCAUUCGGUUGAAGCAGACCCUUCACGCGCAUCUCUACUAGAUUUUCGGUACCAACUCUUCUCUUUGACUGACAUUCCGCCUGACCAAAUUGAGGUCCAAGUCGGAACAGAGCACUUCUUUCCUAAUGACGACCUUGACGCAGGUCGAACACUAGCUAGCAUCGGAAUCUAUCCGGGAGAUAUUGUUAUUUGUAGAGACGUAAAUGGUACCAAAGGACAAGUACAGCUUCAUGAGGUACAACAAGAGACGAAGGCCUUGGGUGUGUCAGACUUGCAAGCAGCGCUCGAACAAGUUUCACUCAACUCCAGCAAUAGGAAAUCCGUAGCGGGCGCUUCGUCGGACAAUGGCCACCAAGUCGAUUCAAAGACACGCGAAUUCCUUUCGCAGGUAUCAAAGUACCAGCAGGCUGUGUGCGCAUAUGAAGAUGCCGACUUCCAAGACAAGGCGAGAAAAACAGCCCCGCUACAGGAAUUGCGACUCAAAGCCAACGACCGGCUUGAAAAGCAGCGCAAGGACUACCCGACCUAUGAGCUUGCCCUUGCCAAAGAGCUGCUUACUUGGUUUAAAGAAUCAUUUUUCACUUGGGUCAACUCCCCAGACUGCUGGUCUUGCGGCAAAGAAACGGCCUUGGUCGGGAUGGCGCCUCCAACGGAUCAUGAAUUGAAGCACGGCGGCUCGCGAGUCGAGCAGCACGACUGCCAAGCGUGCGGUGCGACGACGCGGUUCCCGCGCUACAACGACGCGGGGAAGCUACUGGAGACGCGCAAAGGGCGGUGCGGCGAGUGGGCGCAGGCGUUCACGCUGAUAGCGCGGGCGGCCGGGCUUCGCGUACGCGUCGUGCACGACUGGACGGACCACGUGUGGACGGAGAUAUACACGCCCGAGGGGGAGGGCGGCGGGAGAUGGGUGCACGCGGACUCGUGCGAGAAUGAGCUGGAUAAGCCGCUGCUGUACGAGAGCGGGUGGAAGAAGAAGCUCAACUAUUGCGUGGCGACGGGCGUGGAUUGCGUGAUGGACGUGACGAGACGGUAUACAGAAGAUUUUAAGGCGCUUGCGGUGAGGAGGACGCUGGCCGAGGAGGGCGCGUUGCAGAAGGGGCUCGCGCGUAUGAACGAGGAGGUGAUCGCGAAGCUGCCUAUCGGGGAACGGGAGGAGGCAAUGAGGAAAUACUUUGCGGACGUUGAGCAAAUUGGGUUGCCACAGGCAAGUGGUGAAGGGCUUUCGGGACGGCAGUCGGGCAGUCAAGCAUGGAUUAACGCGAGAGGGGAAGGGGGAUGA